AUCGCAGCAUAGCAUUCCCGCUCCUUCGCCGCCCUCAAGCCAGCGCAAGCCUCAUUCCAUUGCGACUAGAGGUCACGACGCCGAAAGCUCUCUUUCCCUCUCUCUUUCGCAUAAUGGCCCCCAACAAGAGACAGUCAGGCGCUUUGCAUCGGAAAUCCCGUCAGAGCGACGUGCAACCCGGUGACCCUAUUCCGAACCGAGGAAAGCGACGCUACAAGCCUGGUACAGUUGCUCUCAGGGAGAUCCGAAAGUACCAAAGUGGCACUCAGCUUCUGCUGCGUCAACUUCCAUUCUCUCGCCUUGUACGCGAAAUUGCCGAGUCGGUGAGGCCCCGAGGCGAAGCAAUGCGAUGGCAAUCGCAAGCGAUACAGGCACUCCAAGAAGCUGCGGAGGCUUUCUUGGUACACCUUUUCGAAGACACCAACCUCUGCGCUAUUCAUGCUAAGAGAGUAACAAUAAUGCAAAAAGAUAUUCAGCUCGCAAGGCGCAUUCGGGGCGUCUGGGGUGGGCUAGGCUGAGGUCACUAGAUAUGGCACAACAACCCGGCAAGACGAUUCGCGUGAUUGCCAAUAUCUCUCCUUUUAUUAUUGUACGAAUACCCAAGUCAUUUGCGGCAGUGGUUUUGUCGGGAGUCUGGGGUUUGUUGUCCCCAUUGUUCCUCCCCCAUUUUUUGUCUUUUUUCUAUUCAAGUUCAAUUGGAAGAGGCGCCUAUGACACGGCUAGAUAUACACAAGACCUGUGUACGAUGA